CAUCUGGCGCCGAUCGCAUCCGCCACCGCCCAACCCGACGGCGAGUUCGUCGUGCUCCAUGUCCAACCGCCGCCCAACAUCGCUGCGGGGCUCAACCCGGCGCCCAUCCCCUUCGGCGGACCCAGCGGGUUGGAGGUGCCGGCGUUCACGCAGGCCAUCCUGGAGCACGCCCUCGAGAUUUGCUCCGAGAAAAAUGUGGAGGUGAAGACGGAGGUGACCGUGGGUGAUCCCAAGGAGAAGAUCUGCGAGGUGUCGGCCAACCGCAAUGGCGAUCUGCUCGUCAUGGGGUGCCGAGCCAUUGGGCCGCUCAAGAGAAAUUUUGUUGGUAUGCCUAUCAUCACUGAUAUUGAUGCUGGAACAUAA